AUGCCAUGUUGGUAUUACGAAAAGGAGGACUUUCUUCGAACCCCCUCCAUCUUAGAUGGGGUUGAUCAACAAACAGAAACUCGUUAUCGUCGUGAGGGUGCCCGCUUUAUCCUCGACCUCAGCACUCGACUUCACCUUCGCUACGACACCUGGGCCACGGCUAUCGUUUUUUUCCAUCGUUUUUACAUGUGUCACUCCUUUAAAGCUUUUCCUCGUCAUGUUACUGCUGCUUGUUGUUUAAUGUUGGCGGGAAAGGUUGAGGAAACUCCGAAGAAGUGCCGAGAUAUAAUUCGGACGGCUCGUGAACUCUUACCUCCUGAAUUGUUUGCUACCUUUGGGAAUGAUCCUAGGGAGGAAGUGAUGAUGUACGAGAGGGUGCUUCUAAAGACCAUUAAAUUCGAUCUGCAAGUCACUCAUCCUUACAGUUUUCUCCUGCAAUAUGCGAAGCGCCUAAAGGGCUCCCAGGAGAAAAUCAAAGAGAUAGUGCAAAUGGCGUGGUCUUUCAUCAACGACAGUCUGGAGACCACCUUGUGCCUCCAAUGGGAGCCCGAGAUCGUGGCAUGCGCGGUACUCUACCUGGCAACUCGGAUGAAGUCUUGGCCCGUCACGGACUGGCACGGACGUCGACCUGGCCAACCUUGGUGGGAGUGCUUUGUCGAGGGUAUGACUGUAGAGGUGAUGGAGGAUAUCUGCCACCGCAUCCUUGACAUCUACUCCGAUGGAAACAAGUCCGGUGGCGGUGAAACGGUCACUAAAUCCGAUGCACCACCGCAGACUGGAUCGAAAAGGCGUAGCCACCACGCCCCAUCCCCACCUCCCCCUCCUCCUCCACCACCAUUACAGCCUUUGAAAAAACCGAUGGAAGGCUUUGAUUCAAGUCACUUACGCCAGGUUUCUUCUGACAGCAGUUCAACUCCAGUCAUCCAACAACAAUGCCACGAUGGCAACGACUACUGCUUCUGGUCUCGUGUGGAAUCAGACGAUGCCGAGCCAUUUGUUGGAGUGGGUUCUGCGUCCACGACACUUGUUGGAGCGCCCCCUCCUCCGCCACCGCCCCCACCAGCGAUUCCACUGGCGCCGCCGUUGCCACCACCACCGCCUCCACCUUUACCUACAGUGCUCACUACCCAGGCCCCACCCCCGCCCCCACCACCACCCCCCGGGGGGCCCUGGCUGCUCCCUCCUGGUCACCCGCCCCCUCCUCUCAUGAGUGUAGUGGUGCCUCCACCCUCCGCUGCUGCCGCCGCCGCAGCGGCAGCCUUUGUUGCAACGCCAAGCGGUUUUCCGCCACACCCUCCACUUGCUCCCUAA